CGCGGUGCGCCCGCGCCCGAGCAGUGGGGCCGGACCCUCCCGAGCCGGAGCGCGCCCAGGCCUGGGAUCUUCCCCUCUGGUUCUGUCGGUGACCCCGCUGCCCGGGCCUAACCCCAAGUCGAGGGCGCGCGGGCUAGCGGCCCGCCAGCCGGGGAAAUGUGAUAAGAGCCGUGCCGUUCACAGAAGGCAGUUUCUGAUGCAACUCUCGGCCUCUGCGAUCUCCUGUCCCCACGCCUGCCUGGCGACGGCCCUCGAGCAUCUUUGGAGUUGGACACCAUGCUGAGCCCGAGGAGGGGGCUGCAGGGGGCGAUGGCCCCGUGACCGGCCGCCGCUUCUCGCCUGUCUCGGUCCAGCCAGGCGGCCACCAGACACCCAGAGCCCCAGAAAACCCCCGACAGGUGCCGCGGCCCAGUCCACGCGAUUUGAAGACAUCAGGAAGGAACCGAUGGCUCUAGCGGGAGGCCCAGACUCCUUUCUGCACCAUCCAUACUACCAGGACCAGGUGGAGCAGACAUCUCCUCGCCGUCCUGGAGAUCUGGCGGGACCCAGCUUCCCGGCGCCGCCUGACCGGCUGGCGAAUCACCAAGAGGACGACGUGGACCUGGAGACGCUGGUGAACGACAUGGAUGCGUCCCUGGAGAGCCUGUGCGCGGCCACGGAGACGGCGCCCCUCCUGCACAACGGCCAGCAUCCCCGCGGCCGGCCCCCCGGAGCAAGGCCCCUGCAGGGGCAGGUGGCCCCGCGGCAGAGGCUGCAACGGUCCCAGCCCAUGCACAUCCUUGCCGUCAGGCGCCUGCAGCAGGAGGACCAGCAGUUGAGGACGUCGUCUCUGCCGGCCAUCCCCAACCCCUUCCCCGAGCUCUGCGGCCCCGGGAGCCCCCCUGCGCUCACGCCGGGCUCCUUACCUCCCGGCCCGGCUGCUGCGAAGCAGGAUGUUAAAGUCUUUAGCGAAGACGGGACGAGCAAAGUGGUGGAGAUUCUGGCGGACACGACAGCCAGGGACCUGUGCCAGUUGCUGGUUUACAGAAGUCACUGUGUGGACGACAACAGCUGGACGCUGGUGGAGCACCACCCACACCUGGGAUUAGAAAGGUGCCUGGAAGAUCAUGAGCUGGUGGUCCAGGUAGACAGCACCAUGGCAAGUGAAAGUAAAUUUUUAUUCAGGAAGAAUUAUGCAAAAUACGAGUUUUUCAAAAAUCCCACGAAUUUCUUCCCAGAACAGAUGGUUACCUGGUGCCAGCAGUCAAAUGGCAGUCAGACCCAGCUUUUGCAGAAUUUUUUAAACUCCAGUAGUUGUCCUGAGAUUCAAGGGUUUUUGCACGUGAAGGAGCUGGGUAGGAAGUCGUGGAAGAAGCUGUAUGUGUGUUUGCGGCGAUCCGGCCUCUACUGUUCCACAAAGGGAGCUUCAAAGGAGCCCAGACACUUGCAGCUGCUGGCCGGCCUGGAGGACAGCCGCGUCUUCUCCCUGAUGGCCGGCAGGAAGCAGUACGGAGCCCCCACGGACUACGGCUUCUGCAUAAAGCCAAACAGAGUCAGGAACGAGGCCAAGGAGCUGCGGUUGCUCUGUGCCGAGGACGAGCAGAGCCGGACGUGCUGGAUGACGGCCUUCAGGCUCCUCAAGUAUGGGAUGCUCCUUUACCAGAACUACAGAAUCCCUCAGCAGAGGAAGGCCGUGCUGUCCCCCUUCUCAACUCCAGUGCGCAGUGUCUCUGAGAACUCCCUCGUGGCCAUGGAUUUCUCUGGGCAAACGGGAAGAGUGAUCGAGAACCCGGCUGAGGCUCAGAGUGCCGCCCUGGAAGAAGGCCACGCCUGGAGGAAGCGAAGCACGCGAAUGAAUAUCCUUGGGAGCCAAAGCCCCCUCCACCCUUCCACCCUAAGCACAGUGAUUCACAGGACGCAGCACUGGUUUCACGGCAGGAUCUCCAGGGAGGAGUCACACCGGAUCAUUAAGCAGCAGGGGCUCGUGGAUGGGCUUUUUCUCCUCCGUGACAGCCAGAGUAAUCCAAAGGCAUUUGUCCUCACAUUGUGUCAUCAUCAGAAAAUUAAAAAUUUCCAGAUCUUACCUUGCGAGGAUGACGGGCAGACCUUCUUCAGCCUUGACGACGGGAACACCAAAUUCUCUGACCUGAUCCAGCUUGUGGACUUUUACCAGCUGAACAAAGGGGUCCUGCCUUGCAGACUGAAGCACCACUGCAUCCGCGUAGCCUUAUGACCUCAGGUCUACCCUGGCUGCAGGCUGGAGGACGCUGACACUGGAGUGAAGAGGUGUGUGCAUCGUUCAGAACACACGUCUGUCUGCACCUUGGGGCUCGGAGCAAGACGGCUGCGUUCGGCACCGACCGAACACGAUCGGCUGGUUGGUUGGACUUGACGAUGAUUUGCUGCUGCAGAUCCAGCAGGGCCGCGCCCCUCUCGCUGGCCUCCUCCGGGAGGUCGGAAGACAGCAGACUCGAGAAUAAACGGGAAUGAUGGUCUUGGCUGGGCCAUGGAGGAACACAAGCUGGAGAGAAGUGAUUGGAAAUGAACUCUCGCCCUGGAAUAAUCUUGACAAUUAAAACUGAUAUGUUUAC